CCACAGCUCCUGAAUGCAGCAGCAGGCUGACUGGCUCUGUGAAGAUGGCGGAUUGUAUACGUGUUCCUCUGCUCCUGCUUUUGAUGUGCAUCUUGGCGGCCGUGCAUCCAAUUCGAGGAGAUAGCAACGUUAUCGCUAGACUUACUGGUAAUGCUGAUAACCCGCAGAAUCCCGCCGGAGGUGCGGGGCCGGCUGCGAUGAACGCGGGAGCCGCUGACAGGAACCUGGGCGCCGGGGCCUCGCUGCCUCGGAGGCGCACUGCCGGUUGGAAGUUGGCGGAGGAGGCGGUGUGUAGGGAGGACCUGACCCGGCUUUGCCCCAAACAUUCCUGGAACAACAACCUGGCGGUGUUGGAGUGUCUCCAGGACAAGAAAGAGGAGACGGAGAUUGCUGCUGAAUGCAACCAUCUGCUGUGGAACUACAAGCUGAACCUGACCACUGACCCAAAGUUUGAGUCUGUAGCCGUGGAGGUCUGCAAGACGACAAUCUCCGAGGUUAAGGAAUGUGCAGCAGAGGAGCUUGGCAAGGGCUAUCUGGUGUCCUGUCUGGUGGAUCACCGCAGCAACAUCAGCGACUACCAGUGCAACCAGUACAUUACCAAAAUGACCAGCAUCGUCUUCAGCGACUAUCGGCUCAUCUGCGGCUUCAUGGACAAAUGUCGCGAUGACAUCAACGUGCUGCGCUGCGGCAGCAUCAGCACUGGAGAGAAGGACGUCCACUCUCAGGGCGAGGUGAUCGCAUGUCUGGAGAAAGGUUUGGUGCGGGAGGUUGAGGAGCAGCCGGGGGCACCCGCCAUCAAGGACGACUGUAAGAAGGCCAUAAUGAGAGUGGCCGAACUGUCUUCAGAUGACUUCCAUCUGGACCGCUACCUCUACUUCGCCUGCCGUGAGGACCGCGAACGCUUCUGUGAAAAUACACUGGCCGGAGAGGGACGAGUUUACAAAUGUCUCUUUAAUCACAAGUUUGAGGAGGCAAUGUCUGAGAGGUGCCGUGAGGCGUUGACCACCAGGCAGAAGCUGAUCGCUCAAGACUACAAGGUGAGCUACUCGCUGGCCAAAGCCUGCAAGUCAGACCUGAGGAAGUACCGCUGCAGCGUGGACACCAACAUGCCCCGAGCCCGAGAAGCUCGUCUGUCCUACCUGCUGCUUUGUCUGGAGUCCUCCGUGCACCGAGGUCGUGUGGUCAGCGGCGAGUGUCAGGGCGAGAUGAUGGACUACAGGCGGAUGCUGAUGGAGGAUUUCUCCCUGAGCCCUGAGAUCGUGCUGCACUGUCGCAGCGAGAUUGAGGGUCACUGCUCCGGUCUGCACCGCAAAGGUCGAACGCUGCACUGCCUGAUGAGAGUAGGCCGAGGGGACAUGGGAGCGAUCGACCCCAACUGUCAGAGGGCGCUCCAGACCCUGAUCCAAGAAGCCGAUCCCGGAGCGGACUACCGAAUCGACCGAGCUCUGAACGAGGCCUGUGAGUCCGUCAUCCAGACAGCCUGCAAACACAUCCGCAACGGAGACCCCAUGAUCCUGUCAUGUCUGAUGGAGCAUCUGUACACGGAGAAGAUGGUGGAGGACUGUGAACACAGACUGCUCGAGCUGCAGUACUUUAUCGCCAGAGACUGGAAGCUGGAUCCCAUCCUGUAUAAAAAGUGUCAGGGCGACGCAGCUCGGCUCUGUCACACUCACGGCUGGAACGAGACCAGCGAGAUGAUGCCGCCCGGUGCCAUUUUCUCCUGCCUGUACCGCCAUGCUUACCGCUCUGUGGAGCAGGGGCGCAGGCUCCCCGGUGGGGCAUCUGAAGCAGAGAACCACGGUUUCACUCUCUCCAGGGACUGCAAGGUGGAGGUGCAGAGGAUUCUCCACCAAAGGGCGCUGGAUGUGAAGCUGGACCCUGAGCUGCAGAGACGCUGUUUGACCGACCUUGGAAAGUGGUGCAGUGAGAAAACGGAGGCCGGACAGGAGCUGGAGUGUCUGCAGGACCACCUGGAGGACCUGGUGUCUGACUGCAGAGACGUGGUGGGAAACCUGACUGAGCUGGAGUCAGAGGAUAUUCAGAUCGAGGCGCUGCUUAUGCGAGCCUGUGAACCUGUCAUCCAGGCCCACUGCCAUGAGGUAGCUGAUAAUCAGAUAGACACUGGUGAUCUGAUGGAGUGUUUGGUUCAGAAUAAACACCAGAAGGAGAUGAAUGAGAAGUGUGCGGUGGGAGUGACUCAUUUCCAGCUGAUUCAGAUAAAAGAUUUCCGUUUCUCCUACAAGUUCAAAACGGCCUGCAAGGAAGACGUCCUCAAGCUGUGUCCUAACAUCAAGAAGAAGGUGGACGUAGUGAUCUGCCUCAGCACCACGGUGAGGAACGACACGCUGCAGGAGGCCAAGGAGCAGCGGGUGUCCGUCAAAUGUCGAAAACAGCUGCGGGUGGAGGAGGUGGAGAUGUCGGAGGACAUCCGUCUAGAGCCGGAGCUCUACGACUCCUGUAAGCAGGACAUCACCAGGUUGUGUCAAAACGUGGCUUACGG